AGCUGAGAAGCUAGGUAAACAAACUGGGGGAGGAGUGAAAAUAGGCAGCAGGGACUUUGCAGCCUGUGGGCUUUCGGGGAAUCUUUUAUAUUCAUUUUUUUUUUACAAUUUGUAGUUGUCUGUUUCCUACACACUUUUAAUACUUUGAUACUCCGACCUCGACACUUUUUUGAACAGCUGAAAUUCGCCUGACUUUGUUGCAACGGGGCUAACAUUAGUUAGCUUGUUACCGUCGGCAACAAAUAACGUAAACGUCAGUUGCCUACUUUGAUUUGAAUUGAAGAACCAGCAAAUACAAAAACGAACCAAUUGUUCUCGUGUUUUAGCUUAUAUAUAGCAAUACUUGUUGAGAAACAAUAUAGUAGUCAACCUGUCGCCCGUUCAAAAAUAAUUCUGCCCCAGUCGCUAACAGUAUCAUACCAACACGUAUCGUUAGCCUCAGCAGAAUGACGGCAGUGCAGCUGAUUAAUAUCCAGAGGUUAUUGGAAGCUGCGGAAUAUCUAGAAAGAAGAGAACGAGAAUGUGAACACGGAUAUGCCUCGACGUUUCCAGCUAUUCAGAACACAAAUUACCAGAGACAACGGAAGUUUCGAAACAAAAAGUACAACAACAACCACAACAGGUCCACACACAACGAGCUAGAGAAGAACCGGCGAGCCCACCUCCGACUGUGUCUGGAGCGAUUGAAGGCUCUCAUCCCACUGGGCCCAGACUGCAACCGUCACACCACCUUGGGCUUGCUCAACAAAGCCAAAGGACAUAUUAAGAAACUUGAAGAGGCGGACCGGCGGAGUCAGCACCAGCUGGAGUGUCUGGAGCGCGAGCAGCGGCACCUCCAGAGGCAGCUGGACCUGCUGCAGGGCGGCGGCGGCGUGCUGGUCUCGUCCCCCUCGCCCUCCUCCUCGCCCUGCUCGGCCGGCGGCGAGGGAGAGCGGAUACGCAUGGACAGCGUGGGGUCCACCCUGUGCUCCGACCGCUCGGAUUCCGAUCAAGAAGAGAUUGAGGUGGAUGUGGAGGGCACCGAGUUCUCCCAUGGCGAGCUGGACAGUGCCAGCACGGCCAGCACCAGUGACCUGGACGACCACAGCAGCCUGCAGAGUGUGGCCAGUGACGAGGGCUACUCCAGCUGCAGCGUCAAACUGGCCUCCUAGAGACUCCCCAACCACCACCCCCCACACACACACACACACGCACAAAUACACCACCAACCAGCCGCCCACCACUAUUCUCCUCCGACUCCACGUCCUGCUUCUCCUCGUCACCUCCACCGCUACCCUCUGUCUGCCCAUGUCCCCACUCCCAUGGUCCCACGCUCCCCAGCCCGAACUCCAGACCCAGCCUACAGACUCAACUCUGGCUCUAUCUCUGCGGAAAAAGGCCACCAACACCACCACCACUAGCCCUCCCAUCCUAGCAGGAAGGUCUCAGCAGCCUCCCUCCUCUCUACACCCUACUGGAAAAAUCAUCUCGGGCAGACCGGUGACGAGUGUGUGUUUGUGGCUGCACGAGAACCUGUGCUCAAGGGUGUGUGUGUGUGUGUGUGUGUGUGUGUCGCAUGAGGAGCGUUGCAAAAAGCACUCAAAAAUGGGGGGAUUUGUACGAUGUCAUUGCAUUUUUUGUGUUGCAUAGGGCCUUCGAUGUGCGCCUCUUAAGCUUCAGAAACACACAGAAAGCCACCAAAGCACUUCCUGCUGUGUGUUACGAGCAAGGAAUGGGGUUUGGGAGUAGAUUCUUGAACAAAGGCUUUUGACGUGUCCACCACAAAAAAAGCCCACCUCAUCACCUUGUUAGGUUUGGUUUGAAUUCGCAACUGCAGUGGGCAUAUAGGAAUUUUUAUACUUGUGUGGUUUUGAAAUGGAGAGUACAAGACGUCCCAUCGAAUUCAAGAUUCACGUAUGUACUGAAAAUAAAGACCAAAAAAAAAAUCCAAGCACUUAAAAUCGAAACCUGUUACUCUAGGGUUUUUCAUUUCAAGCUCAGUCUUAUUAUUAGUCAUCGUGUGAAUCCUGAACUGACAACCUUUCGUCAACGUCGGCCCUGUUUUUCAUCUGCCGACAAGACCACGAACAAGUAGAAUUUUUCGGAAUGCAUUGUAGUGUGUAUGUGUGUUUGGUUUUGUGGGGGAGCGGGGACUUGCAAAAGCGUAAUUUGCCAUAUCAACAAUUGUUUUGGGGCCCGCUUCUCUUGCUUCCGUGUUUAUUGUUUGGAUGGUGUUUUUUGUUCCUUUUUUUGCUGUUUUUUUCCCCCCCAGUUUUUGUUUUUAUUUGUACCGGCCGUUGGCUGGCACAAACGUCGUCAUUGGUGCUAUGUGAACACCUGAGGCCCAGGUCGCUGCCCUGCAGCACCUCACCGCCCACCAAAAACAAGCACUCUCAGUCCAGCCCCGCCCUCCCUCCUCCCCUCUGGUGUUAUUGGGGUGUAUUGGGGGAGUGGCGUCCAACCCAAAAGCAGCUACCGCCACCACCACUUCCUCUUCUCCUCUCUGCACUUGCUUACAAAGUAGGUGUCCAUAGCAACUGGCUCAAUAUUUAAGGAGAAAAAAAAGAAAAUAGAAAAUAAAAAAAAAUCUGAAAAAGAGAAGGACAAAAAAAGGACUUUUGAGUACACAACCCUUCUAGCAGUAAGAAGCAAUAACUCCUGUAGUGAUCUCUCUCUCUCUCUCUCUCUCUCUCUCUCUCUCGACAAUUUGGAUUUCUUUUCCAGAGAUACAGACCCAAAGUGUCCGUCCAGUAAGCAGAUCUGACUUGCUUAUGAAUAAUAUUUUUAUUUUGUACAUACAUACAGAUAGUUUAAUAAUAAAAAAGAAAGAUUUUAAAUGAAGGAAUGUGGAGUUUUAAAAAAACAAAAAGGAAAAAAAAUGGUAGGAACACAUUGAUCCCCUCUGGUAGACCUGUUGCCUCUGUUGCUGUUUGGUCCUUGCUAUUUGAACUGUUUUUUGUGUCCGCUGUGUGUAUGUUAAAUUAUAUUUUCUCUAAUACAGAUGGCCAUGGGCCAGACAUUGUGGCAUGGACAGUGUUACUUUGUUCGUUUUGCUGGUUGAAAGGUUCAAAUGUUUCCACUCUGUAGCCAGACCAAAAGAAGGCAUACAUACACACACAGUUUUCAAUUUUCUUUCUCUGGGAGGGGAGGAAACUGAAAUAUACGGUCCACACCAAACCAAAGUGGAGAUUAAAAAUUUGAGAUAAGGUUCCAUGCCAGCUUAUGAGAGGCUUUGUGAAACUUACAUCUCCUAUGGAGCUGUCUAGUUUCUCAUUCUUGGAGAUUACGUUGAGGUCGGUGGAGAGUUUGAAUGUCUAUGGCAAGGUAAACUCAUAAAAAAAUUGUAAUUAAUAUCACUGAUGCCUUGUUUAUCUGUUCUGCGAAGGAACCCAGCAUACACGUGUCACAAAGUCGAAUCCAAAGUAAACUGAAUAUGAGGAAUUCAAUCUAAUGUCCUCUGGAACUUGAUCUCAAAUUUUAGCCCUUGGUGGAAGACCCUUAUUUUUACACUGAAGACAUAAUUAGUUAUGAAAACUCCCUUCCCUCCCCACAUUCACAAAAGUGUAUUUAUUUGAUCAGUUAAUUUUUUUCCUUUUCUGUUUUGGUUAGUUCAUUUUAUUUUCAAGGUGACAUGCAUUCCACUGUCAUUUAGUGCAUAAGGUGUAUUUUAUUCACAUAUUUUAAAAAGCUUCUGGGCCGAACUGUUUUCUUUUCCUACACCUUCUCUUUUAUUUAAUCAACGUGCACUAGUUGGUGUCAUGCUCUGCUGUAAGCCGUUCUUCAGUGCUUUCUCUUGCCGCUCAGUCAAGAAGCCAUAAAUGCUCUGUGAUUGAGAAUUGUCCAUAUUUAUUUUUGUCCUUGCAAUAACACAAAAAAAGCAACAAAAAAAAUCUUAAUUUAUUGGUUUGUUUCUCUGUAAUUUUAGUGUCACCUCUUUUUUUUUGAUUCUUUAAAUGUCACUUUUUCUUUUCGUUUGCAGAAUUUGGUUAUUUUAAUAUAUUGGAGGGGCAAAAAAAAAAAACCAACAAAUGUUUUGUAGCCAUUUUAUUUAUUGAAUUCCCACCCCUCCAUUCUGUUGCUGAUAUCUGGUGCUUGAAAUGUCAUCAGCCCAGAAUGAGAUUCCUUCCUGUCAGGGUAGCGACCUGUCUGUAAAAAGCUACAUCCAAUUCAGUCCUUAUAGUCCAGUGUAGUCCAUGUGGAUUGUCCUUUUAAGGUCAUGUUAACAAGAGGCUUCAGAGGCAACAUGACUUGUUUUUAAGGUGUCAGUAUUUGCAAUCAGCGAAACACUCCACUGGCGAGAAGACCUCGUAUGAGUGCAGCUGCCUUUACUGCGUGUGUGUGUGUUAAGUCAUUAUCACUGUUGUCAAUGAAGCUUGAUCUUAAAGAAGAGAAUUGGAAAUGUGAUGUCAGGAUGUUGUGGUGGCCUCGUACGGCUCUGAGAAGAAUCUCUCUCUCUCUCUCUCUCUCUCUCUCUCUCUCUCUCUCUCUGUUUUGGCCGAUGAGAAGAAUCUAACUUUUAAAGAAGAACAUAGUAAUAAUAAAUAGUAAAAGAUGUUUAAAAGUGGUGCUCUUCUUCAGCAAAUGGCCAAACCUGUGGCGAGACUCCUCGUCCCCCUCCUUGUGUGCUCUAUAGCCUACCUGCCACCGAGGAGGGGCUGUUUCUUUUCCGCUCGUCAUCUCUUAUGACUCCAUUCUUUUUCUCUUUUCUGUUGUUACUUUUGUUUUGUUUUCAGAGUAUUGCGUUGUUCUAUUUUUUUUCUCUCUCUCUCUGAAAUCUGCACUAUGAUAAAUGUGGGGCCCAUUGUAAUGACAGUGUUCCUCCGAUGACGCCACACCAAAACGCGUUGGGCCCGCCGCCCGUAUCCUGGCGACCACCGAGUCGCCCGGGGAUGAAGGACUGAUCCAAGGUGGCAGAUGGGAUUGGCUACAGCCUGUAUUCAGCCUGCCGGUGUUGGCUUGGAAUUCACUGAGAAGGGAGAGCGGGCUGUCAAUUAAAUAAAGCUAUUCCACCCUGGAA